GCAUUUGUGUUUGCUUUCCGAGCUUUGCUUGUGCUUGUACGUAGUGGGCCAGGCUCUGUGCUGCUGAUCGUCGCACGGAAUCACCCUGUGCGCUCCACUUCUAGCUUGUGUGACACUUCGACGCCUUCUAAGCAAAUUAUGAUUCUUGUGCGUGUGGUUAGAGUUGUGCGAGUUCCCGAUAUCGUGGCGACUGAGCGUUCCCGACGCUCACAACUUGCUCGUAGUGUCCGAGAGCGCUUGCUCGAGUAUUGCGUGGUUUGACAACGCAGCUGGGUCAGCUGAGCUGCAGCCAUGAGCCAAAGCUCGGCAUCUCUGAGCAAAUCGAGAUCCAGUGACAAGGCAACAGCAAGCGUGGAAGAGCCUAAUCGCGUGGAGUGGCUGGAGAGGCUGGACCGUGUUCACCUUCACCGCACCGACUUAAACCGGCUUGUCAUGGAUUAUCUGGUCACCGAGGGCUUCAAGGAGGCUGCUGACAAGUUCAGGCUCGAAGCUGGUGUUGUACCGCCCGUGCCACUCGACACAUUGGACGAACGCAUCCGGAUACGCGAUUGUCUCCAAGAGGGUCGUGUGCUGGAAGCAGUGGCCCUUCUCAAUGGUCUUCGUCCCGAGCUGCUGGACAAUGACCAAUGCCUGCUGUUCCACCUUCGACAGCAGCACUUGAUUGAACUCAUACGCGAAGGGCGCACAGAGGAGGCGCUCGCCUAUGCCCAAGACCACCUCAGUGAGUGCGGAGAAGAGAAUCCUCAGGUGAUAUCAGAACUGGAACGAACGCUAGCCCUACUGGCAUUUGAGGAACCGCAAUCGAGCCCGUUCGGCGACCUACUCCACCCGUCACAGCGCCAGAAGGUGGCCAGCGAGGUGAAUGCCGCCCUGCUGGAGGACCAGAGCACCACACGGCCGCAGCUGUCCGUGAUGCUGCGCCUGCUGCUCUGGGCACAGGAGCAGCUGGAGCAGCUACCACCGGGGGCACCGCGAUUGCGCUUCCCGAGAGUCACGCAACUGGCUGACCCGUUCCCCCAACAGUAGCAGUACCGACAAGGACACGUUGCUCGAAACUCACCGUUCCUUGCACCAUUCGCCGCAACAAAGGAACACGCAUGCGAGGACACGAAGCUGCCCUUGAAUCGCCAUUAUUCUGAACCGGUGCUGAAGAAGCACGUUACCGCUGCCGCAAGACGACCGGCACGAUUGCGUAACGCACUUCAGCUGCACAAAGUUCUGGCUACGCCUGAAGCAGUGGUCCUCGUUUGAGAGGCUUAUCUGCUAUUCCCGGUGGAUCGGAGAAUUUGGUAGGCUUCACUCUGUUUCUUUUGGACAUAAUAAAUGAUUCCACUCUGUUUCUUUUGGACAUAAUAAAUGAUUCCACUCUUGCUCUAGAA